UUCUUCUAAAUGCAUGUCAGCAAAUAAGUGACCCUGGAGAUGCAGAGUGGCACAAUCUAAAUGAUCGCUCUGCUUUAUUAUUACAAGUCUUUACAUUAUCCAAAACUAACAGCGUGUGCUUCUAUUUAAACAGUCGUGAUAAAUGAUUCAGUCCUCUUUUAUAACAUAUAAAGCCGCGACGCGGACGUAUUUGGUCUCAUCGUGGUUACUUUGAGUUUUUGGGGAGCCACGUGGGUGCGUAACCCUGAAAGAUGCGGGAUAAUUAGGGAAACAAGCUUACUUAACCUUCCCUUACUUCUCCUUAUAAUUAGUGGCCCGAAGCAAUACUGUUACCCCAUCCUUACAAAAACAAUGUUUAUUAAGAACACUCCGAGGACACACAUAUUAUGAAUAAUUCCUUUCAUUAAUUUGCCGACAUCUCUGUUUGGAGCCCUGAAAAUCAGAGUGAUUAAUUUAUGAGUCUCACAAGAAUUUCCUCAACGCCUGCCUGUUGAUUGCAGUGCUGGAGUUUAUUUAUUAGCUGUUCCAAUGAGCUUGCAAUUCAAGACACUCUGGCAAUUCGUCACAUGUUUUGCAUAUCACCUUACCCUUGUCAGUUUGGCUUCAUGGUCUAUUGCAAAUAGCGUUUUGGUAGACCAGCCUUUUGUUUCUGACCUUAGGAGCAUAUUUGAGGUAAUUGUGACCAAACUUCUCCCCAAUGCCACUUUCUUUUUUUUCUUUUUUUGGUGAUAGGCUUAUGAAGAAAAUACAGUGUCAGGUUCGCAGCCAAUUAGAGUGGGAUACGGCCUGCACAUAUCGGAGCUGAAGCAAAAGAGAGCCCUGCCUCUGGCGUUGAAAACGAGCCUCUGCUGCCCCCAGACAGAAAUAAGUUGGGAAGGGGGAAAGAGCAGCCUUUUCUCCGCUGCGAGCGGGUGUUAUGGGUCGAAAGAUUAAUUACGUCGGAGUGAAAUACUUGUCCGCCGCUUUGUGUGUCCAAUAAAUUAAGGGCUCCCGAGACUUACGCACACAGGUGAAGUGUUGGAUGUGCGUACACGGGGACUGCAGCGCAGUGUUUCUGCAUACUUUAUAAGGAUAAACUGGACUUUGAAAGGGACCUCUUCUACAUUGGCGAGCAAAUUCUCCGACCUAACGACGUCUUCUUUGGGUUGCCUUCAUGUCGUUUUUUGAGGCAGAGCCUUUGAGAAGUACCAGAGGUAAACUCCAUAUCAGACUACCGAACAGAUAAGGCUCUCAUGCCGGGAAAGACUUCGUUUGGAAAUCUUCUGAACAUAAAUUUAUGUCAGUGCAACUAGACAGCUGUCAGUUUUUUUGGAUUAGGUUUGUUUUUUGUUGUUUUGUUUUUCUUUGAUGCUGAAAGAUUUUUAGACUUGAAGUGUGUUUCCUGUUUUAUUUGCAGCAUCAUACAGUUUGACCUUUAAUCACAGAACUUAACUUAUGGAUAUAUAUAAAUGCAAAAGGCAGCAACUUGAAUAGUGUAGAUAAGAAUAAAUGUUUAAGUUCAAAUUAGAACAUUUGCUACAGAACAGCGGACUCCAAUAAAUAUUCAAAUUUGUCUGUAAAAUGGCUGAAAGUUACAGCUAGAGUUCAAAUAAAAUGUGCAACUGCAGUGGGCAGGUAUAGGCUAACCUAAAACCUCUUCAUCCAGGUCAGUAAGUGCACCCCGAUGGUUGGAAGACAGGCGCUCCGAAUGGACAGCGGUAAUUGCUCCGGAGCAGUGGUGGAUGACAGUCCAGGAUCCAGCCCGAGCUCCAGCCCGAGUCCAGACGGUCGUCGUCAGGAGCUCCACCGGGCCAGAGUGCUCCAGAGCGGCGGGAUCGGCGGCAGAGGACGCCCGGCAGCAGCGAAUGCGGCGAGGGAGAGAAGCCGGGUACAAACGCUGAGGAACGCCUUCCUGGAGCUUCAAAGGACUUUGCCGUCAGUGCCGCCGGACACAAAGCUGUCCAAACUCGACGUGCUGAUACUGGCCACCACCUAUAUUGCCCAUCUGACUCGAACUCUGCAGGAAGAAGGCACAGAGGAAGGAGAGGGCACGAAACAAACAGAGGCGUUACACUCACUGAAAGGCGAAGGCUACCUGCACCCGGUGAAGAAAUGGCCAAUGCGAUCCAGGCUGUACGUUGGAGCAACCGGGCAAUUCCUAAACACUUCAAGUCCUUCAGAGUCAGAGGAUCAAGGCCCAUCGUCGUCCACCUCCCAGUAAAAUAGGCUUAAUU